GAUAUUCAACUGUACUUACUACUCAACUGUAAUCUGUCAGGAUUGUGCUAAAAUAUAUUUCCCCCAACUAUAUUUAAGUUCCCUAUUAAGAGCCAACCUUCAAUUUAGUAAAUUCCUGUUUUAUUCUCGUUUAUUCCCAUAAAUUCCCGUUAAUUCCGAUGGACUAAAACAAAUUAAAAUGCAUUGCGCUUCACUCGCCCACCUCCAGGGGGCGAUACUGCCAAUCUCGACAGUUCGACGACUCCGCACCCGGAAGAGCUGUAAGAAUUGCAUGGCAUGUGAGCGUCUGCCAACUUCUGUCACCUAAAAAGAACCUGUGAUCUGCGUUUGAGGACUUCUCUUUGGCCAACAUGUCUUCGAAAUGCCAAGAUAACAACGACAACUUUGAAGAACAAUCUACAGUGAAGGAGGAGCUGAACAGAAAGAUCAAGGAGCAGAAGGUUGUGGUGGACGAGCUUUCAAAUCUGAGGAAAAACAGAAAAGUCUACAUCCAGCAGAGGAACAGCAACAUAUUCUUCCUAGCAGACAGAGGUCAGACACUGAGCUCAAGCAAACAGGAACUGGACUACAUGAAGAAGGAGCUACAGGAUAUGUGAGACUUCACGGCUCGGCUUGUCUCCGCAAUAAUGUGCGGCAUAUUUUGUCUGCUAAGUGUUUCCCCCGCUCAGAUUGAGUGGGACGAAACGGUUCAUGAACAUUUGAAGAGAAGAGGACCCAACUUCAGUCAGGAUCUCACAGUUGGAGAUACGAAUCCAGGUUAUCAGUGUUUGUUCUCUGCCCAUGUUCUUCACAUGAGAGGUCUCCUCACUCCUCAGCCGGUUCAGGACGAUGCCGGAAAUGUCCUUUUGUGGAAUGGGGAGAUUUUUGGAGGCGUCCCUGUGGCGCCAGAAGACAAUGACACCGCUGUGGUCUCUCAGCGUCUUUCCUCCUGCAACAGCUCUUUAGAGAUUCUAUCCAUUCUGUCCUCUAUACGUGGACCAUGGGGGUUUAUGUACCUCCAGAAGUCUGCAGACUGCCUCUGGUUCGGCAGAGACUUCUUUGGUCGGAGGAGUUUGAUGUGGAGAUUUGAUGCAGACUUAAACGCCUUGACUCUGACUUCAGUGGCAGCCUGCAGUUCUGGACCUGAUCAGUCUGCUUGGAAAGAAGUCCCAGCAGUUGGUGUGUACAGGAUUGAUCUGAAAGCAGCCACAGAAGCUGGUCCUAUGAAGAUUGAGGUUUUCCCGUGGGCUCGUGGGCUCGUUGAUCUCAUCUCAGGCUGCAGUGAAGCUGUUUUGAAGUCUGUGCCGAGCGGUUGCAGAGCUGUGAUGAACCCAGAAGACCAGGUGCUGCCCUCACCUGUAUGUCCUCUCAAUACAUCCAUCCCAGAGUCAAUAAAUACAGAAGAAGUUCAUCCAGACUCAUGCUCCAACGAUCUGGAGCAGCUCCUUGCAACCAAAGAGAAAAACAAUGAAGUGAAUCGUCUUAUCGAUGUUCUCAGUGAGGCAGUGAGACGACGUGUUCAGUCUCUGCCUUUCAGGAUGCAGGACGAUAACCCUCCUUCUGACGAGCAGGCUAAUGUGGCUGUACUUUUCUCAGGAGGUAUUGACUCAAUGAUUCUAGCUGUGUUAGCUGACCGUCAUAUCCCUGCUCUUCAACCCAUAGACCUCCUCAAUGUAGCCUUCAAACAACUGGAGCCAAAGAGGCAGAAAGAGUCUACAAAGAAACCUAAAAAGGACAAAAAUAAACCGACAGAUGAGAAACCUGGAGCUGACAGCCAGGUUCACAAUCCUUUUGAUGUCCCAGACAGGAUCACAGGAAGAGCUGGUCUCAAGGAACUGCAAGACUUGAAUCCUGAAAGAAGGUGGAACUUUGUUGAAGUCAACGUAACGCAGGAGGAGCUGCAGGAGAAGCGGCAGGAGCGUGUUCGUCAUCUGGUGCAUCCACUGGACACGGUGCUGGAUGACAGUAUCGGAUGUGCUGUGUGGUUCGCAGCCAGAGGGAAAGGCUUCAUCGCAGAGGAGGGAGAGCAGAGGCCCUUCACAUCAGCAGCAAAGGUGAUUUUAACAGGGAUUGGAGCAGAUGAGCAGCUUGCAGGUUACUCCAGACACAGAGUCCGAUUUAAUAAAUCUGGAUUCGAGGGACUGAUCCAGGAACUUGCCAUGGAGCUAGAUCGGAUCCCUUCCAGGAAUCUGGGCAGAGACGACCGAGUGAUCGCAGACCAUGGGAGAGAGGCAAGGUUCCCCUACUUGGAUGAGGAUGUUGUGAACUACUUGAACUCUCUGCCCGUGUGGGAGAAAGCAGACCUGACGCUUCCUCGAGGCGUCGGGGAGAAACUCCUCCUGAGGCUGACGGCGAAGCAGCUCGGUCUCGGCCAAUCAGCCAUCCUGCCAAAGAGAGCAAUGCAGUUCGGCUCCCGCAUCGCAAAGAUGGAGAACAAACACGAAAAGGCCUCUGACAAAUGCAACAGACUCUUUACGGAGUAGACAAUAAAAUAGAAUCAGUUUAAUAGAAAAUAUCUGUUGUAAAAUUACAAACAAGAAAUACUUAAAGGCAUAUUUAUAGAUUUUCUGUCACAGACACAUUCUUCAAGUUAACCGAUGAUUCAUUUGAUGAUUUUUAUCUUGGAUGUUUCCCAACAUGAUGAAUUAAACGUGUGAUUUUGUUCUUUUGAAUUAUGUCUACACCA